ACAGACGAAUCAGAUGAUUAAAUAUGAUCUUAAAAUAUAUUUGAUAUAUUUUGUUUUGCAUUUUUUUGCAAUCAUUAUUGUUAAUACUUUCUGCUGACACCUGCCCCUACUGACCAGUCACCACUGGUCCUAAAGGUAGGACGGACGUUUUCCGGAGCCUUAUCAGCAUCUAAGCUCAGUAUCAGUAUCAGAGAUGACCUAGAUAUUAACGUUGGUUGUAUCAAAGUUAGAUUCCUUUUCAAUAUUAAAGUACAAGUACCUCUAAAUAGUACUUAAGUACAGUACUUGAGUAACGCACUUAGUUACUUCUCGCCUCUGCUAUUAACCUAAGACGUAGCUGUAGAUUUGUCUUGUUGUGUCUAUCAGUUGUAUUGAGUUGUCUUGUUUUGUGUCAGCUGUAGUUGUGUUGAUUAUUUCAGAGACACAGCCGGAGAAGGAGCACUGAGAGCAGCAUGGAGGAGAACAAAAAGACCCCUGGAGCUCAGAAACCGAAAGGAAGAGCAAGACAUCACAGCUGUCAGCAAUGUGAUAAAUCCUUUACAACAUCUGGAGAUUUAAAGCUCCACUGGCGUAUUCAUACUGGAGAAAAACCGUACAGCUGUAAAGAGUGUGGGAAAACAUUCAAGAAAUCUGAUCAACUCAAAACACAUCACCGCAUUCACACUGGAGAGAAACCGCACAGCUGUGACGAAUGUGGGAAAACAUUCAUUCAAUCAAGUGAUCUCAAAACACAUCACCGCAUUCACACGGGAGAGAAACCGUACAGAUGUGAAGAGUGUGGGCAAACGUUUACGACAUCAGGUGCUCUCAAAACACAUAAACGUGUUCACACUGGAGAGAAACCGUACAGCUGUGAAGAUUGUGGGCAAACGUUCACGGCAUCAGGUGGUCUCAAAACACAUCAACGCGUUCACACAGGAGAGAAACCUUACAGCUGUGAACAAUGUGGGAAAACGUUCACUCAAUCAAGUGCUCUCAAAACACAUCAACGUGUUCACACAGGAGAGAAACCGUACAGCUGUGAAGAAUGUGGGAAAACGUUCAUUCAAUCAGGUGCUCUCAAAACACAUCAACGUGUUCACACUGGAGAGAAACCGUACAGCUGUGAAGAGUGUCGGCUAAAGUUCAAGACAUCAAGUGCUCUCAAAACACAUCAACGAGUUCACACAGGAGAGAGACCGUACAGCUGUGAAGAGUGUGGGCAAACUUUCACUCAAUCAGUUCAUCUCAAAACACAUCAACGUAUUCACACUGGAGAGAAACCGUACAGCUGUGAAGAGUGUGGGCUAAAGUUCACGACAUCAGGUGCUCGGAAAACACAUCAACGUAUUCAUCAUGGAGAGAAACCGUACUGGUGUGAAGAGAUGCUGUUUUCUCCCUAACCCAUCAUGUAUUUUCCUAAAUCUGACCAACAGUUUUUUUAUGUUCAAACCAGCGUUCACACUAUGCCAAAACAAGGCCACAGAGAUGCUGUUCCUCCCGAUAUAAUUCAAAUCAUGGUUUUUUAAUAGUCUUGUUAUUCCUUUUAUAAAAAUAUUAUAUGUCCAGGAUUAAACUGCUAGCCUUGUUAAGCUGCAUCCGUUAGUUUCUUGAAUAAUCUGUUUGCUUAAUAAAAUGACUUAAAGGUGGGGUAUGUCAUUUUGGAGAAACCAGCUCGAGUGCACUAGAAUUUGAAAGUACACAACCGGAAAAAAUCCGCCUCUUCCUUCAGACUUCCUUACAAAGCCCCUCCUCCAACACACACACACGCGCACAUGACCAAUGAGGGCACGAGAUAAGUUUGUGCACAGAUGGAAUUCAGGCAGGCAGGUGGCCAUCCAGUUAUUUUAGCCGGGCCGGCUAAAAUAAUUGGUUGUGCUUUUUAUAUUGCUAUCGGCUGCCACAGAUGAAAUUUUUUAAUGUAUUUAUUGUCAAAGCAUUUAAUAUAUUCAUUGCUAUCGGGAUGUUAAGAGCAUUCCAUGGAAUAUAACAUACCCCACCUUUAAACUUUCAUUGGGAUGUUUUGAUAGUUCCUGUUGAGUUGGCAGUCUGUUCUGGUCUAAAAAAUGUAUAUGAUGACUGUAUCUAGAAAAUAUUCCUGAUGUUUUCAGUUUGAUUCUGUUCUCUUUUGUUUAAAUUAUCAUAAUGUAACAAAAUA